GAUAGGACUUCUACUUUCUGAACCGUGAUGUCAGCCUCUGGUGGUGGGUGAUUACUGAGGUGCGUGCGCACCGGAGAUCUCAAAUGCAGCGCGCGCGGAAAUAAGUGUGCACGGUGGUAGGCUACAGUACAUACUUAUUUUAUCUCAGCUGACCUCAGGGGGCUGAAGAUAUUCGUGGGAACUUGGCUUGACGGGUCCGCGAACCUGCGUCCAAUUAGUGUAGAUUCUCCUCCCCUGCAACUGGUGUCCUCCACCUUGUCUAUUGUGGAUCAUGGCACAGCCGCGUCGAAUCCAGUUCACCACCCUGUCCGAUAAUGUUCCUCUACCUGCGGCUCCCGCACCAAAGCUGCCCGAUAAAGAGUCCAACCCGGAGACGACCGUUGUUGAGACGGUGGCAACCGUCCGUUUCAAGCUGCAGCUAUUUCCAUCCAACGAACAUCGCUGCCCAGAGUUCUGCUAUCCGGAGUUGGUCAAGGCCCAUGAAACGCAGGCACGACCUAAAACUUUGGAAGAGGUGGACGCAGAAAGCGAGAGAAAUGAACUUGAGGCUCUGGCAAAAAAGUUUGAAGCCAAAUAUGGAGGGCCUGACAAACCGAGAAGGGACCGCAUGUCGGACUUGGUGGACAUUGGUGACGGCUAUGAUGAUGAGGACUCAUUUAUUGAUAACUCUGAGGCGUAUGAUGAGUUUGUGCCAUCGUCUCUCACCACGGAACAUGGUGGCUUCUACAUCAACUGUGGCACACUCCAGUUCCGCAAAUUAUCUGGCUCUGACGGAGACCCAGAGGAACCCAAUAUACCUAUAAAGAAGCGAAAGCUGAAAGAUGGAGGUGAAAAGUUGACCAAAAAAAAGAAGCUGGAGGAGGCGACCACUGAAGCGAAACUCCCAAACAUCACUAUGGAGUGCAUUAAACAUUCCCCCCUCAUGCAAGAGUCUGUCCUCCCUGAGGAUCUCCCCACCUCCUCUGAGCCGAUGCUCUCGGAGGGGCGUCCUCCCCCCCAGAAGAAGCCCAGGCGCCCUCGGACAGGGCUGUUGAGUCUGGACAGCGUCCUCCGCAAGCUUCAGCAGGAGAAGCUUCAGGAGUUCCAUUUUGACAGACCUCUCAUUGCCCCGCCCCCCACUCCACUGGAGUUCUCCCCACCCCCAACUAGUGGGGCCAAUCACAGCACUCCACCGCCCCCAUUGGCCAAUCAGAUUACUUUAUCUACUGGGGUAAAUGGUCAAAACACACCACCAACAGAUUUGGCCAAACAGAGCACAGGGCCCAGCGUUGACCUGCCUGUGUCUGACUGCAACCAGAAGCUUCUGUCCACACCCCCUCGUGGUCUUCCCUCACCUCUCAGGGCGAGCAUCAGGGAGCUCACACUGGCUGCCAAGGUCUCUGAGGGGGAGAGCAAACUGAAGUUCUUCACUCAGAAAGUCAACAGCAUACUGCUGGAUGUGGAAGUGCGGAGCAGAGAGUUGGGUCCUGCAGUACGUUCACGUGUCUUCACACACCUGUCCACUCACCUGCCUUUCAGCAAAGACACGCUCCUGAAGAGGGCCCGCAAGCUCGUACUGAAGCCACAGAUUGGGAGUCUCCCGGAAGCCCUCCACAAACUCAAGGAGGCCAUUGCCAUGACGAUGCCUGAGCAAAUUGCCUGUUUCCAGGAAGACCGUCAGGCUUUUGUUUCCACCCAAAGCACCAAAGCUCAUCAUGAGGGCCAAGGGAGUGAGAUGGAACACGGGAAAGUAGGACCUGAAGAAGAGAUGUGUGCUGGGAAGGGAAUGACCUCACCACAGAAGUGGUUCCAUUGGAAUGAUGAGCUGAGGGCUCUCUUGUGCGAAGUUGUCCGGAUUAAGCUGAGUUUUCAUGAACAGGAGAAGGAACAACAGCCAGACCCUGAGGAAUACCUGAGGAGCUUUCUGAAGAGCGAGGUGAGGCCGCUGUGGCCUAAAGGUUGGAUGCUCACCAGCAUUCUACUGAAAGAGACUCACAAAGCCCAUCUUAACCCCACCAGCAUCAGACGAAACAAAUCAGUCACAAACACCAAACUAAAGAAAUCCAAAGAGGAAGUUGUCAGGCCCUCCCCUCCACUCAUCAUCCCCUUGUCCUCUGUGGGCGGGGCAGACCCAGAUCCCUCCCCCUCUCUGGCCGUCGUGUGUCAGGAGCUGAAUGCCCUCAGUGGCGACAUGAGGCGACGCAUCCAAGAGCUCCAUCUACCUCCAGCACAGGGGCACCCAGCAGCCCCCUCACCCCAGCUGACGAAGCCCCUGCUAGGCAUGACCUGCCGGGACCCCAGCCUCGUCUUCCGGCCUGUGGAGCCCCAGCGGCCUGUGGAGCCCCAGCAGCCCCUGGGCCCAAGCCUGUCCCCUCCCCCAGGCCAGGCAGCAGAGUCCGAGGGGGCCGUGGGAGCCCAGGUGUGCCCCCACUCAGGUGCAGCCUCACUAGGGGCACUGCAGGCAUCGUUCCCCCAGGCCAAGCUCCCUCCGGCUUGGGACGGUCCUCAUAAGGGUAUCAAUCAGACCAUGCUCUCCUGUUCUCUUAAGGACGGAAGUCCAGAGCCACACACCAGCCUUCUUUCAGAAGGAGUCCAGCACAAUGUCUCUCAUGGUGGAGGCAAGAAUCCUCCAAAGGGGCUGAAGACACUUCAGUGAGUGAGAGAUCAGUGUGCGUGCACACACAAGCGCACUCACACAUUGCUCAUUCACACUAACCUAAGAGGCACCUUUGUGUCAUCUCUUUGGAAAUGGAUACUUGUGUUCUAAAUACCACUGAGUGAAGCUGUCUAUGCUGUUAAUCCCAAGCAUAUGAUGGCACGCUUUCUGCUCUUAACGACUCCUAAUAGCAAGAGGGGUUGUGGGAGUGUGUGGUCUUACAAAUCAGUCUUGAUCCUUUGUGUCCUGUGUAAAAAAGGGACAGAGCUAUGACAUUUUAGGCCUAAGGGCUCAAAUCCACAUAAGACGGGUGUUUCAUAUAGUUCUUGAUGUAGUCUUGGAUUGUUUUGGCCAAAGUGGAUCAGUGAGUUCUGGCACUGGUGGGUUAUGCUCUGACAUCCUAAAGACAGAAUCUUCUGCAUGUGUG